GCGAGAAGAAACCAACGAAAACUAAACAGUAGUUUGUCACCCAGUGUAUGCUAAAGUUUGUGGGAUAAGGAUAGGUAGAAACGGGAAAACUGAAAAGUUUGGGUGAAACUGUGGAAACAGUGGGACCAGAGACAUUUGUGGACUCUAGAAAGAGAACUUUAAACGAGUUCUCAGGUCCUCGCGGGAUCUUCUGGGUUGCAUAGCGACGUGACUCUAAUCAUACUGGCAUACCUGUCUCACAGUGUCCUCAGUCAGUCGCAUGUACUCCUUUCUGACUUAGACUAAAGACUAAAUUAAUUCACACUGGAAAAGUAUUCGUAAUGUGUGGAGAGCUUUGUAGUUUUUAGUAGUCUGUUCGCGGCUUUAAAAAAAAACUGUAAACUUCACUGAAAAUGACUACAGUAGUUGCUCAGCCCCAUUUCAUCUUCGGUCUACGGACAGGUGUGGCAAACAAUUUGUGUUUCUACGAUGAGCAAACUGUCGUUUUCCCCAGUGGAAACAACUGUGUGUGCUACAACACUGUCCAGAGAUGCCAGAGGUUCAUUCCAGGCUCAGAGAGAAGCCAUGUCAUGCGUGCUUUGGCCAUCAGUGCAAACCGGCGUUACCUAGCGGUGUCAGAGUGUGGUGAGAAGGCCACCAUAACAGUGUUCGACCUGCAACAUGAGCAGGGGAGAAAGAGAAAAGUUCUGACAGCAGGGGAUAUGCUUGUUCAAGAAUUUGUAUGCAUGGCUUUCUCCCCUGAUUCCAAGUACUUGAUAGGCCAAACAGGUGGUCCAGAAUGGAUGUUGAUCUUCUGGCUUUGGGAAAAACAGAAAGUCCUGGCAUCUGUGAAGACCAGUAACUCAAAUAAUCCUGUCACCCAGGUCAGCUUUAACCCUUACAACAACAUGCAACUGUGUGUGACUGGAACUGGUGUGUUCAAGCUGUUCCGCUACUCAGAGGGAGCCCUGAAACAGAGCAGCUUCCCAAAGGUGGACACCAUCAACUUCCUGUGUCAUACAUGGAUGACAGUGGAGCGGGUCAUUGCGGGGACAGACACGGGCAGGCUGCUGGUGUUUGAGUCUGGAGACCUGCGGAGAGAGAUCAACAAAACUUCUAAGGCUGUGCAGGAGCAGACUGACAGGCAAGUGGAGACCAGGAAGAUCAAAGACAGUGACAUGGAUGAAGCUCCCAGUGCCUCUCGCAUCACAGCCAUCGUGUCCUACUCCAAGGGCUUUGUGUGCUCCAUGGGUCCUGGCACUGUCUGUCUUUUUGAAAAGACAGACGAAGACAGUUACAGAAAGAGCAGGGAGAUACUGAUUCCUCCAGAUCCAUACAGCAAUGAGGUGACCCCAGCUGAAUGCCAGGAGAUUGACACUAUGUGCAUUAGCCCUGCUGAGGAGACGCUGGCCAUCAGCACAGACCAAGGACAGCUAUACAGUGUCAGCCUGUCCUCUGUGGACAUCAGUAAGGAAGAACAACUACGUUUUGAGUUCCUGCUCCAGUCCUUCCACUCCAAGUCCAUCACUGGUUUAUCAGUCUGCCUUCGGAAACCCCUUGUAGCCACUAGCUCUCUGGACCACUCUGUCCGCAUAUGGAACUACGAGACAAAAAUAUUAGAGCUGUACAAGGAGUUCCAGGAAGAGGCUUACAGUGUGGCUCUCCACCCUACUGGCCUCUUCAUCCUGGUGGGCUUUUCAGACAAACUCAGGCUGAUGAACCUGGUCAUUGAUGACAUUCGCACCUUCAAGGAGUUCACUGUGCGUGGCUGCAGAGAGUGUGCUUUCAGCCACGGUGGUCACAUGUUUGCAGCUGUCAAUGGAAAUGUGAUUCACAUUUACUCUGUCACCUCUUUUGAGAAUAUCCUCAAUCUGAAGGGCCACAAUGGGAAGGUUCGUGGCAUUGAAUGGAGUCUGGAUGACAGCCGGCUAGUCUCAUGUGGAAUGGAUGGUGCAGUGUAUGAGUGGAACGCACAAACUGGCAAGCGUGAGACAGAGAGCGUCCUCAAGUCCUGCAGCUACACAGGUGUGGCCUUCUCUUCAGAUUGCAAGACCAUCCUGGCUGUGGGAACAGACCUCACACUGAAGGAGAUCCAAGAUUGUCAGGUCCUGAGGGAGGUUCCUGCUGAUGAGAUAGCUCACACUGCUGUCGCAGUGUCUCACUCUGGAAGGGUUAUCUUCACCGGGACCUCCAGUGGAACUGUCAGGGCCAUUAAGUACCCAUUACCAAUCCAGAAGGACUGGAUCAUGUAUCAGGCCCACUGCAGCCCAGUUACCAAGAUUGUUAUCACGUUUGAUGAUCAGUUCCUGUUGACAGUGUCUGAGGAUGGCUGUCUGUUAAUAUGGAAGAUUAUUGAUAAGGAGGGCAGAGGACUAAAGAGCAACAGGCAGAUCAUCCACACUGAAGAAAUUCUCGUCACCAAGUCAGACCUGGAAGAAAAGAUGCAGGACAUGCUGGAGCUGAAGAUGCGUCUGGAGGAGCUACAGAUGGAGAAUGAGUACCAGCUCCGUCUGAAGGACAUGAACUACAACGAGAAGAUGAAGGAGAUUUCUGACAAGUUUACCCAGCAAAUAGAAUCUCUGAAAACUACACAACAGGCCAUGAAAACAGAGAUGAAAAAGCAGGAAUGUGAACACCAGGAGCGUUUGGCAGAGGCCACUGUGAAAUAUUCCAAAGAACUGAAGGAUUUAGAGAUAUCCUAUAGCCAGAAGCUGAUUGUGGAGCACGAGAGGUACCAGGAUCUUCAGCAUAAAUAUCAAAGAAUGCAAGAGGACUAUGAGAAGCAGCUGAAGUCUGCAGAGGAGAACAAAAUCCAAGUCUUGGAGGAGCUGACGCAGCACUAUGAGGCCAAGUUUCAGGAGAAGACUCAUCAGCUGGCUCAGUGUCAGGAGGAUGCACAGCAGCAGAUCUGUGAGUUCAAAGAGAUCAUAAAGCAGGUAGAGGAGGAUGAGGAGAGGAAGAUCCAUGAUAUCCAAAUCAAGUAUGAGAAGAAACUACACACAGAAAAAGAGACCAACACAAAUCUGAAGGGAGAAACUGGUAUAAUGGCACAAAAGUUCUAUGGUCUUCAGAAGCAGAUUGAUGAGAAGUGCACAGACAUAAACAAGCUGAAGCAGGAGCGACAGAGGCUGCUAGGUUUGAUCCGCUCCUUGGAGAGUGACAUUGACGACCUUAAAAGGCAGAUCGCUGGACAUGAAAAAACCAACCAGGAUAAGGAUAAAACCAUUUCUGGCCUGAAGAGGAAGAACCAGGAACUGGAGAAGUUGAAGUUUGUUCUUGAUUUCCAGUUGAAUGAACUGAAGAAGCAGACUGAACCUCAACAAGAUGACAUCAGUGAGAAGAAGGAGAAGAUCCAUCAGCUGGAGGAGGAGCUGGUGCAAAUUGACAAGAGCAACAGUCAGCUGAAGCUCACUGUGUCUGACCUAAGGCUCAAACUGAGGACCAGAGAUAAAGAGAUGCACAAGGAAAUGCUAAAGGUGAAAGAUUUGGAGACACAUCUUCAGCGGCUCAAGUCAGAUCUCCAAAACUGUGUUGGCCUCAUCCAAGAUCCAAGGAAACUGAAGGAUAGCGUACAGAUGAUCUGUGCCCGCUAUGUACUGCAGACUGAUGGGGUGGAGAAAAGCAGUGUAGAUGAAGAUAUUCAGAGGGCAUUCUGUCGCCAGCGUGAUCACCUAGAGAAGACUGUAAAUAGUCUCAAGAUGAGGCUGGCCAAAUCCACUGAGGAACAUGAGAAAGUCUACAUCCAGAUCAUGAAGGAGAAUGUUACUCUGAUUACCGAAAUCAACGAACUGCGUAAGGAGCUGCGUUUGGUGAAGACUCAGGUUAAAGAUUACAAAGCUCAGCUGGCCACAGGCAAGAAGUUCAACAAGUCAUGUCCCAAUUUAGAGGAACGACCAAAAAAGGAGCUCAGAAAUGAAGAUAUCAAUUAACUGACUUCCUCCAUCAGCAGAGGCUCCACAGGGAAAAUACUGAGGACCUCAUAUUCACUUUGAAGACAAGGUGGAUUAAAGAAAAAGUUGUAAUGUUGGAAGAUAUUUGCAUUAAAAACAAUGUUCUUUUUUUUUUCAUUUCCAUUUUCUAGAGUCAUGGAAUGUCAGUGGAAAAAUGGGUGCUUAAUUUGCCAAGUCUUUUAUUUAUUGAUAGAAAAUAUACCCUUACCAGUUCAGCAUUUUUGUUUUACUUUAACAUUUAAUGAAAAUGAACCACUCUCAUAGAGACAUGAUUUAAUAUUGGUCGAAGCCAAAUUGAAAAUUUGAUGCGGUUAUUUAUGAAUAUACAUCAAGCACAUGGACAGUCACUUCCUAAUGUUGUCACUGUGUAAUGAAUUAAAAAAAAACAAUUCAGCAAUGCAUAAAUCAUACAUUCAUGGAGAUACAGUUCGGGAGCUUUGGUUAAUGUUCACAACAAACAUCAGAAUAAGGAAAAGAUGUGAAGUUGGUAUCGUUGGUGCCAGAGAUGAUGGUUUAAGUAGAUCUGAAACUGCUGAUGUCCUGGGACCUUCAUACAUAAGUCUCUAGGGUUUACUCAGAAUGGUGCCAAAAACAUAACAAAAAUAAAAAAAUAAAUAUCCAGCCAUACAGAGAGGCUUCAGUAACUCAGAUCUUCACAGCUAUAGCAAGGAGAAAAGCAUCUCAGAAUCCUGAAAUUUCAAUCAAUCGUCCUUUGAACAUUACAGCUUGAGAAUUGUUACUGACCAUGUGCAUCCCUUUAUAGUCACAAUUUACCCAUCUUCUAAUCAUUGCUUCCAACAUGAUAAUGCACAAUGUCACAAAGCAAAGAGUUGUCUCAAACUGAACAUGAUAAUGAGUUCAGUGUACUUGGCCUCCCCAGUCACCAGAUCUGUAUCUAACAGAAUGGGAGAUUGGCCGCAUGAAAUGUGAAGCAGAGAAUAUGCAGAAAUUAUGUGCAGAAUCUCAAACUGAUUUGAACAUCUUGGAAAUCUGUUUCCAUCAGUGGAAAUAAAUUAAAAUACCCUCAAUUCUUUGAGCAAAGGGAAACCUUACCCAUAUUAGCAUGGUGUUCCUAAUAAAGUGCUUUUUGUAUUAAUUCACCAUGGAUAAGAGUUGUGAACAAAUCAAAUAUUUCCUUACGUUCAAGUAAUAUCUGCUGAAAUCUAGUGUCCAGCAUUUUCAGGAAAUCUAACCUUUACAAAAAA